AAUGUUUACAGAAUGAAGAGGAACAAUUUAUCUAUUGUGAAUAAAACUGUCCAGUCUUCACCAGCAGUGAAACAGCCAAAACUUGGGUUCUACACUUCUCUCAACCAGACUUAUAUGUACACUAUUUGUCUAGACUGGGGAAGUUUGCCUCACCAUGUGGUAUUACAAAUUUUUCAAUAUCUUCCUUUGAUAGAUAGGGCCCAUGCAUCUUCUGUAUGUAGGAGAUGGAACGAAGUUUUUCAUAUACCCGACCUUUGGAGAAAGUUUGAAUUUGAAUUGAACCAGUCAGCUACUUCAUAUUUUAAGUCCACUCAUCCUGAUCUCAUUCAGCAGAUCAUUAAAAAGCAUGCUGCCCAUCUCCAAUAUGUCAGCUUUAAGGUUGAUAGUAGUACUGAAUCAGCAGAAGCUGCUUGGGAUAUACUUUCUCAGCUGGUAAAUUGUUCUAUCCAGACCUUGGGCUUGAUUUCAACUGCCAAGCCAAGUUUUAUGAAUGCGUCAAAGUCUUAUUUUGUGUCAGCACUUAUAGUUGUUUUUGUCAACUCAAAAUCAUUAUCGUCGAUCAAAAUUGAAGACACACCAGUAGAUGAUCCUUCACUGAAGAUUCUUGUGGCCAAUAAUAGUGAUACUCUAAGACUCCUAAAAAUGAGUAGCUGCCCUCAUGUUUCAUCUGAUGGAAUCCUUUGUGUAGCUGAUCAUUGUCGAGGCCUCAGAGAACUGGCAUUGAAUUACUACAUUCUAAGUGAUGAGCUUCUCCUAGCACUUUCAAGUGAGACUCAUGUUAACCUUGAACAUCUUCGAAUUGAUGUUGUGAGUGAAAACCCUGGACAGAAUGAAUUUCAUUCUAUUAAAAAACACAGUUGGGAUGCACUUAUUAAACACUCGCCUGGAGUUAAUGUUGUGAUGUACUUCUUUUUAUAUGAAGAGGAAUUCAAGACAUUCUUCAAAGAAGAAACCCCUGUUACUCACCUUUAUUUUGGUUGUUCAGUAAGCAAACCAAUUCUAGGAAGGAUAGGUCUUAACUGUCCAAGACUAAUUGAAUUAGUGGUAUGUGCUAAUGGUCUGCAGCCCCUUGAUAAUGAACUCAUUUGCAUUGCUCAACACUGUAAAAAUUUGACAGCCUUGGGCCUCAGCGAAUGUGAAGUUAGUUGCAGUGCAUUCAUUGAGUUUGUAAGACUCUGUGGGAGAAGGCUAACCCAGCUCUCUAUAAUGGAGGAAGUUUUGAUCCCUGAUGACAAUUAUAGCCUUGAUGAAAUUCACACUCAAGUCUCUAAAUACUUGGGAAGAGUAUGGUUCCCUGAUGUGAUGCCUAUCUGGUAAUUGGCUACCAAAGAUUCUGAACUUUUUUUUUUAAUCAGUAGCUGCUUUUUUCCUAUGCAAAUGUAAUUUUAAGAUGCACUGUUGAAAUAUUUCAGGUUAAGUAUUUUAUCCUUUGCAAACUGUCUUAAUGGAUUGCUGCAGAAACAUUUGAGAAAAUAUGAGAAAUUUGAAAAGCUUGAAAUCUCUAUAAAUAGGGCACAGACACUGUAUAUGGAUUAGAUGGUUGAUAUGCUAAAAACUAUGGAUAGUUUCUAAGUAGAUUCCUCAGCCUUCCUUGAAGGCAUAUUUUAGCUUGCUAAGUAAAUUUAUAAUAUUGAACUUGAA